GAUUGGCCACUGGCCAGCGUGCGAGGUUCACUCAGACAACAUGGCGGCUACAAACGAAGGGAAGAAACUGGUGCGUAGUCCCAGUGGGCUUCGCAUGGUACCAGAAAAUGGUGCUUUUUGCAGCCCUUUCUCACUUGAUGAGCCUCAGUGGGUUCCUGACAAAGAGUGUCCCAGAUGUAUGCAGUGCGAUGCAAAAUUUGACUUUCUUACCAGGAAACAUCACUGCAGGAGAUGUGGCAAAUGCUUUUGUGACAAAUGUUGCAGUAAAAAAGUACCUCUUCCACGGAUGUACUUCAUAGACCCGGUGAGGCAAUGUGCUGAAUGUGCUUUGACCUCACAGAAGGAAUCGGAGUUCUUUGACAAACAGAUUAAGGUGCUUGUAAAUGGGGCUGUAUUCCUUGUAACUUCAAGUUCCUCAGAAAAAGGUGAGACUGUGAGUAGCCGGCUGUCAAACAACCACAGGUAUCUAUAUCUGGAUGGAGAAAAUCACUUUGAAAUUGAAGUUGCUCGAAUUAUAAAUGUUCAGGUGCUGACUGAAGGCUUUACUCCUGGAGAGAAAGAUAUUCACACUUACACCAGCCUACUGGAGAAUCCGUACAUUACUGAAGGCGGCAACACACGUGCCACAGGGAUGCUGGUCCAAUACAAAAUGUUGGGGUCCCAGGAGCCAAAACAGCUAAAGCUAAGUGUAUCAGAUGACUUCAACAGUAACAAGAAGAUGUCUGUUGGUUGGCUGGCUGCCAUGCAUAAGGCAGCCAAGCUUUUAUAUGAAUCAAGAGACCAAUAACCAUUUCAGAGUUCCUGAAACGUAUGCAGUUGUCAGCCGGAAGAGGAAUGGAAGAAAUAACAUUUGUUUUUCUGCUCUGAUAUAUAGUCAGUUUUUAGUACUUUUGUAUUAGUGAAUUUUCUGAAAACACUUAAAUGCAACAAAUAUCAGGACUUUUUGGUGCAUUUAAAUAUUAAGUAUAGUGCAAUAUAAAAUUUACAAUGUUUUAAAUGUAAUCUUUCACAUUUAAAUUAAACUUUUGCUAAAUAUUAAUCUAUUUUUUAAUUACUAACUGGAAACUGCACUGCAAAAUUUUGCAGCUUUUAUUUUACUGUUGAAGUAUAAAAGUUCUAAUUGUAUAGCAAAAGUGGAAAAUAGUCUGUUAAGACUUCUGUUGUGCAUUCAUGUGUUUUUUGACCUAAAUGAUUGAAUUAAAAAUGUUUACAUUUAAUUUUUAAUAGCAGGAAAUGUUAGUCCAAAGUGCCAUCAAUUUGCUUGGAUUUUAAAUUGAUGUUUCCCCCCCCUAGAAAUUUCAUUCUGAUUAAACCAAAGGAAAUACUCCCAUAGUGGAUGCUUUGCAGAACCCUGCCUCUUCCUGCAAUUAUGUACAGAGUCUAAGAAAGUUAUUGGGGAACUAUUACAACUGUUUUAAUCAGUUAAAUAUGUGGUUGUGUAAAAGUCUGCAGCGCCUGUGCAUGAAACCAACUGGAUGAUAAAACACAACUGUGGAUCAUGUACAGAGAUUAAUACAGAUGGGCUAUUAAGAUGCUAGCUUGUUGAGAGAAAUGGUCUGAAAACUGACCCUUGGUGUAUCAACCCAACUUUAUUUUGAAUUAUAAAUUCCAGAAUAAUCUCUUUGAAUUUAGAAAUAUGUAUUUGAUGCACACAGGGUGGGGGAAGGGGAGGAAGAGGGAAAUGCAUACCAACUUCUCAGUUUUCUGGACCAAAUGAAUAUUACUGAAGUUAUGGUUAUAUGGAGGACUGAUCGUGAAAGUGCAUUUUUUAGUUUAUGUAUUCAUACUAGAUAUAUACAUCUUGGAUCAAUUGCAAGCACCUUCUGUAUAAAAGAAAUAAAAUGCGAUUGCAAAUUUCUGUGAGGAUCAAUUGUGUGGUUCAAGGGUUUCGUUUAGAGAGAGCAUGGAAACACACUUUGUCCCAUCGAGUCCACACUGACUAUGGAUCAUCCAUUCAUACUAGUUUAAUGUUAUCCCACUUUUGCAUCUAUUCCCUACACACCAGAGACAAUUUACAGAGGCCAAUUAACCUACAAACCUGCAUGUCUUUGGAAUGUGGGAGGAAACCAGAGUACCAUGUGAUCGUGCAAACACAGGUUCAAACCUGGGCACUGGCACUAUGAAGCAGCAGCUCUACCAGCAGUGCCAUAUGCCACCCCCCAAGGAUUAUACACCUACAUCCAAGGUUGCAUUAGGUAGACAAAAAUGCUGGAGAAACUCAGCAGGUGAGGCAGCAUCGAUGGGGAGAAGGAAUAGGUGACAUUUUGGGUCGUGACGCUUCUUCAGACUAAAGAAGAUUGCAUUGUAAGGUUUCCUUCAAAACAGAUCUGAUGAUUUGCAAGGAAAGCAGAUAAUUAUGGUGAAACAAAAGUCCUCAGGCUAAAUUCCUGAUCAGUGAUUGUAUUAAAGUUAAGGCCCUGGUCAUUUGUUUUCAGCGCAGAACAAAUAAAAACCGUUCCAUCCAAUUUACCAAGUACUGUGAUGGGUAAUGAGCAUUUCUCAUGAUUUUAACUAGAUUUGGCAUGGUAUGCUUUUCUGAUAGAGGAAUUAGAGCUGUUUAAUUAGUUUUGCGGUAGACGGGAGAGCGCACAAUUUCAAAUACUUUUAAUUCCUGAUUUUUGGCCAAUUGUUAAAUCUAAAAUAGUCAGAGCAAGCUGAUUACAAAUAAAACUUAUAAUGAA